AAUGCAAGCACAGACAAAUCACUGGCAUACUACAUUCUCGGUCAAGAUCCUAGGUUCUACGCUUUGCCAUUUGAUGAGUUUGUUAAGCUUUGCGUCAAGGUCUGCAGUCGCUUAACCAGCAAUAAGUAACGCACAUGUACCUAUAAUAACAAAGAUGGUGCCUGUCGCACAGCGCCAGAGUAACGCGCGCCCAUUGGCGACUCGCCAGCCAAGACGAUGCAGACCAGUUGUGCUCCCAGUCGCUGCAUCCAGUCCAGGAACUAGCGCUAACAACCAGAGCAAUUCGCCGCAUACUGCAUGGGCCUGGAAGCUUUUCCGUGCGACGGUCGCUACAACGACAUUGCAGUUUUGCGCCGCGGCAAGCCAAGCCGCAAACGCAAGUGUAGGUGGCGGUUAUGGCGCGGGCGGUGGCCUCGGUGGUUUCGGAGGCGGCGGUGGAGGCGGAGGCGAUGGUCACUCAACUCCCGCGCGCGGCUCUGCAAGUAUAUUGGGCGAUGUGGCCGAGGCAAGCGACUUGGUCGAGGAAGUCGUGCUUCUGGACGUAGGAGGUAUGAAAUGCGGCGGUUGCGUGGGCCAUGUCAAGAAGAUCCUGGAGUCACAGCCCGGCGUCACCAGCGCUUCCGUCAACCUAGCCACGGAAACAGCCCUGGUGCGGGUGCUAGUGCCCCGAGGCAGCAGCAGCAGCGGUGGCGGCAGUGGUGCAGGAGCCAUGCGGUUAGCGGCAGUAGCAGCAGCUGCCGCCGCGGGUGCUACUGCCGCUACUGCUGGGGCUAAUGCCGGAGCUAGCGGCGGCAGCGGUAGCGGAGCAGCUGUUGCGGCGAUGGGGGAGAAGCUUGCGCAGGCCCUCUCCUCCGCCGGCUUCCCCUCCAAGCGCCGCGACCCCUCCACCUCCUCCUCUUCACUCGCCGCCGCCCUCGCCGCCAAACGCGCCGCCAAAGUCGCUCGCCUGCGUGCCGCCACCACCGACCUCAUCUUCGCCUGGGGCCUAGCUGCCGUCUGCGGCCUGGGCCACCUAGCCCACGCCCUGCCCUCCUCACCCUUCCCGCCCUGGCUACACUGCGUGCUGCAUUCCGUACCCCUGAACGCAGCGCUGUCGGCUGCAGCCAUGCUGGGGCCCGGCCGGGACAUCAUGGUUUCGGGGCUGCGGGCGCUGGUGGCGGGCCGGCCGGACAUGAACACGCUGGUUGGGUUGGGUGCGGGCGCGUCGUUCGGCGUGAGCUGCGUGGCGGCGGUGCUGCCGGGUCUGGGGUGGCGGACGUUCUUUGAGGAGCCCGCCAUGCUACUGGGUUUCGUGCUGGCGGGUCGCGCCCUGGAGGAGCGCGCCAAGCUGCGAGCCAGUGCCGACAUGGCGGCGCUGCAGGAGCUGCUGCCCUCGCGGGCGCGACUGGUGCUGGGGGGCGGCAAGCUGGCAGAGGUUCCCGCGGAGGCCGUCUCCCCCGGCGAGUUGCUUGCGGUGCUGCCCGGCGACCGCCUGCCAGUGGACGGGCGGGUGGUGGGCGGGCGCAGCGCGGUGGACGAGAGCGCGCUGACUGGGGAGCCGCUGCCGGUGACCAAGCAGGAGGGUGACCCGGUGACGGCUGGCACGGUCAACUGCGACGGCUGUCUGACGGUGCGUGCGGAGCACAGCGGGCAGUCCACCGUCAUCGCGGACAUCGUGCGCAUGGUGGAGAUGGCGCAGGCCCGCACCGCGCCCAUCCAGCGUCUAGCUGACCAGGUGGCGGGGCGCUUCGCAUUCGGCGUGAUGGGCCUCUCAGCCGCCACCUUUGUGUUCUGGGCCACCCUGGGGACCAAGAUAUUCCCGCAGGUCCUAGCCACCUCCGCCGCCGCCUCCGCCGCCUCCCCCGCCGCCGCGCUGCUGCUCUCAGCCCAGCUAGCCGCCAACGUGCUCGUCACCGCCUGCCCAUGCGCAUUAGGACUGGCCACCCCCACGGCGGUGCUAGUGGGAAGCGGCGCGGGCGCCCGACGGGGGCUGCUCAUCCGCGGAGGCGAUGUGCUGGAAUCCGUGUCCCGGGUGGAUACCGUGGUACUGGACAAGACGGGGACGCUGACGGUGGGCCGGCCGCAGGUGACGCAUGUGCAUGCGCUGCUGCCGGCGGAGGCGAUGCUUGCAGGCGGCGGCUGCGAAGUAAGAAAUGCUGGCGGAUGUAGUAGUGGUACUAGCAGUAGCGCUGGUGAUGGCGAUGGCAGCAGCAGCAGCUACGGUGGCGGCGGUGAAGGUGGUCCGUCCGCCGCGGCGAAUGUGCUGUUGCAGCUGGCGGCGGCGGUGGAGCGGCACACGAGCCAUCCGGUGGCGAAGGCGCUGGUAGCGGCGGCGGAGCAGCUGCACACGUCGUCGUCGCCGCCAGGGCAGCAGCAGCAACCGACGGGGGCUGCGGCGGCGGAGGCGGUGAGCGGUGACGGCGGGCGCUGUACGGCUCCGUCGCCCGCUGCGCGGCUGGAGUUGACACUGGCGGAGGGCUCGUUCGUACAGGAGCCCGGCAGCGGUGUGGCGGCGAUGGUUGGGGGGAGACGCGUCGCUGUCGGGACACUGGACUGGCUUCAACGCCAGGGCGCCAAAAUGGACACGGCGGCGGCGGCGGCGGCGUUAGCGGCGGGAUACGGCAGUAACAGCGGCGGCGGCGCCGCCGCCGCUGGGGAUCUCGACUUCCAAGCGUCGUCGGCAUCCGCCGCCGCUGCUGGCGGCGGCGUGCAGGGCCUCGGCAACAGCCAUACCCGCGUGUACGUUGCCGUCGACGGCGCCGUCGCUGGUGUCAUCGACGUCGCCGACGCUGUACGGCAGGACGCGCGGGAAACUGUAGCGCGACUGCACCGUGACGGCAUCCGUACCGUCAUGCUCAGCGGCGACAAGGCCGCUGCGGCGGCGGAGGUUGCGGCGGCGGUGGGCAUCGACGCCGCUGACGUGUACGGCGACGUCAAGCCGGCAGGCAAGAAGGCGGUUGUGGAGGAGUUACGGGCGGGGGGACGUGUGGUGGCGAUGGUGGGAGACGGCAUCAAUGACACGGCGGCGCUGGCGUCGGCGGAUGUGGGCAUUGCGAUGGGUGGCGGCGUGGAUGCGGCAUCCGAGGUGGCCCAGGUGGUACUCAUGCGGGAUCAGCUGUCGCAGGUAGCUGAUGCCGUACAUCUCUCCAAGCGCACCCUCGCCAAGAUUAAGCAGAACCUGGUCUGGGCGUUCGGCUACAACCUGGUUGCUCUGCCGCUGGCUGCCGGCGCGUUGCUGCCAACCGCCGGCAUCUGCCUCACUCCCUCCAUCAGCGGCGCACUCAUGGGCUUCUCCUCCCUAGCUGUGGUCAGCAACUCCUUGCUGCUUCAGCUGGAGGUACAGAACAUGGACAGCCGUAGCCACGAACGAUUAAAAAAUGCUGCACCUGCGGCAGCUGCUGGCACUGGGUCAGCAGCGCCUGCUGGUGGGAUGAAACCGCUGCAAGCGGGUGUUAGCGCUUCAAGCACAAGCCAGCCGGAGGAUAGCGGGUCUGACACACUGUUGACGGCGGCUGCGGGGACAACAGGAACGGGAGGGGCAGCUGGUAGCGGCCCCAGUGGCAGUGAGAGGAGUCGGGGGGCGCCACAGCUGUUAGCGUCGGUGGUAAGCUCUGCGUCCGGAGCCGCAGCGGGAGGCGGCAUGUCGCCUCCUGCCAGCCAGCCUGCAGCGCCCAGCGCUGCUGGCUAGUAAAGCAAUGUGUUGGAUGUGAUUGGCAAACCAGACGACAAGCGGAGAGGAGUCGUUGCUCCGGGAGGGUCGGCGGUGUUGAAGACAGGGAGGGAAGUGACUGCGAAUUGAAAGGAUGAGC